CAGAGAGAGAAACCAUGACCUCACAGUACUCGGUAGCCAAUGGCCAACGCAGCUAGUGUACUCACUCUCUCUAGCUCUCCUCUUUUGUGCCAAUGCACUAGACCCACUUCCAUUGUCAAGCUCAGUUUUAGGGUUAGGGCUUUAUCUUCAACUUCCAUGGCCACCGAGGUAGUACCCGCCGCUGUCAUAGUAGGCGGUGGACGAGUCGGAAGAGCGUUGCAGGAAAUGGGUAACGGUCAAGAUUUGCUGGUGAAGAGAGGCGAGUCUGUUCCGCUUGAUUUUUCGGGUCCAAUCUUUGUCUGCACAAGGAACGAUGAUCUCGAGGCCGUCCUUCAGUCCACUCCUCACUCUCGUUGGAAAGAUUUGGUUUUUUUCCAGAAUGGAAUGCUGGAGCCAUGGUUCCAUAGUAAAGGUCUGGGUGAUGCAGAACAAGUUUUGGCAUAUUUUGCUGUAUCAAAGCUUGGUGAACCUCCCAUUGACGGGAAAACAGACACCAAUCCCGAGGGACUGACGGCAGCUUAUGGAAAAUGGGCAUCUGCCGUGGCUGCAAGGUUACAUGCUGGAGGCCUUUCUUGCAAGGUUCUUGACAAGGAAGCCUUUCAGAAGCAGAUGUUGGAGAAGCUUAUAUGGAUAUCAGCGUUCAUGCUUGUAGGAGCCCGUCAUCCUGGGGCAACUGUUGGUGCUGUAGAGAAGGAGUUCCGCUCCGAGGUGUCAAGCCUCAUUGCUGAACUUGCAUCUGCAGCAGCAGCCGAGAAAGGGGUAGUUUUUGAAGAUGCCAUGGAGGAUAGAUUAUGUGCUUAUUCCCGAGCCGUUAGCCACUUCCCAACAGCUGUUAAGGAGUUCAAAUGGAGAAAUGGUUGGUUCUAUUCCCUCUCGGAGAAGGCAAGUCAAGAAGGGAAGCCAGAUCCAUGUCCAUUACACACAGCAUGGCUUAGAGAACUUAAAGUUGUCUAGAAUUGACUGUGUACUAAUGGUUUGCAAUUCUUGGAGAUACUAGCUAAUACCAUAAAAUUUGAAAUUCUCUCGUACUUUUUCACGUAAAGCAACUGCGAAUUUUCUGCUGUCCAUUAUGCAGUCAAACAUUCUCAUGCAUUCCUUGUUUAGUUCUAUCAUAGUUGGAUCUUUUCAUGCUCUCUAAACAACGACAAUCACUA